AUGGCAAUGGAGAAAUUAGCAUUGGACAAGUUUGAGGAGGCUACUUUGCUCUCUAGUGAGACCACAACGGUAAUUGUAGCCUGGGAUGACGUGACUGAUCGAUUAGAUGACUCUGAAAAUGGCCAUGCCCUCCUGGCAGCGCUGGGUGUUUCUCAGGCUGAGAUAGACACUGUGACCCGCAUCCUGCGCAAGGUGCAGAACCGGGCUCAUGACUACAAGAACGACCUGAAGGCUGAGCUUCAGACUGCUCGGCAAUCGCCGGAACCGCGCAGUUUUGCCAUAGAUGUCAUGUACCAGGAAGCUGAAGCUGCUCACCCAGGACCACGAGUAUUUGAAAGCGCUUUGCUGCCGGGCGAAGCGCUGGGCUCGGAG